AUGCCUUCCCACCUGAAACGCAGCCCUAAACCCAUCUUCACUCUCAUCUUCUUCUUGAUCCUCUGCUGCCUCACCUCCGGUCGCUUCAUAUCCGACAGUCCAGAUUUCAUCUCCGAUGGGAUACAAACACGCGCCUCCGGCGCUGUCCCGUCCUUCCUCCGGCUGUACGGGGCUGAGGAAGCCUGCGAACAGACCUAUGGGUUCAUGCCGUGCACCACCACUGCACUGGGAAAUGUCUUCCUAAUUAUAGUGUAUGGUUACUUAAUGUUCCUUGCCGCUACUUAUCUUUCCAACGGAAGUGAGCUUUUACUUGAAAUCCUCGGCCCUGGAAUUGUAGGCGGUCUUUUGCUCCCCAUGCUCGGUGCUCUUCCCGAUGCUAUGCUUAUUCUUGUAUCUGGCUUAUCUGGAAGCACAGAAACUGCUCAAAGCCAGGUAUCAGUUGGAAUGGGAUUGCUAGCUGGGUCGACGGUCAUGCUUCUUACUCUGGUAUGGGGCACCUGUAUUGUCGUUGGCAAGUGUGACUUGCUGAAUAAUGUUGCUAUAGACUUACAAGAUACAAAAGGCUUCAAUUUAACUGGCUCUGGCGUUUCUACUGAUAUCUGGACAAGCUAUGCUGGCAUUAUCAUGGCUCUAUCUGUGAUUCCUUUCGUAGUUGUCCAAAUAUCGUCAAUACUCCAUUCAUAUUCAGGAAGACACUUGACUGUCUUGAUUGCUCUUAUUCUCUCUGUUUCACUUCUGAUAUCCUAUUGCCUUUACCAGGUUUUUCAGCCCUGGAUUCAGAGGAGACGGCUUGCUUAUGCAAAGUAUAAGCAUGUCAUAUCAGGAAUCUUGAAAGAUUUGAACACGCGUGCCUUCGGAAAGCUUUCCACUGAUGAUGGGAAGCCUAAUAUAGAAGUAUUGGCAAAUCUGUUCAAGGCAAUUGACGAAAAUGAUGACAGAUACCUUUCACGUUCUGAAUUUAAAGCACUAAUUGUAGGAAUCCAUCUCAAUGAGAUUAAUUUGGAUGAGAAUGAUGCUGUUGAUAAAGUCAUGAGGGAUUUUGAUACCACUCUUGAUGCUAGAGUCAGUUUGGAGGAGUUCAUUCAUGGAGUUGACAGAUGGCUUCAAGAGGCUAAGGAUGCUAAAGUUUCAAAACAUGCUGGUCCUGGUUAUAUAGAUUAUUUUCAUGAGCAAACAAAGAGAGAACAUAAUCUUUUGGGAGAACAAAGUGAUGAGAUUGUUGAGGCUGUUGAGAAUCCCCGAUUGACUUCAUUUAAAGCUGUAAUGUUGUUGGUGCUGGGAGCUGCUAUUGCAGCAGUAUUUGCCGAUCCUCUGGUAGAUGCUGUCGACAAUUUCUCCAGUGCCACUAGCAUUCCUUCUUUUUUCAUCUCAUUCAUUGCUCUUCCGUUGGCUACCAACUCCAGCGAGGCAGUGUCUGCAAUUAUAUUUGCUAGCAGGAAAAAGUUCAGAUCUGCCUCCUUGACAUUUUCAGAGAUAUAUGGAGCCGUUACAAUGAACAAUGUAUUGUGUCUGUCAGUAUUCUUGGCCAUUGUUUAUGUGAGAGGACUAAUCUGGGACUUCUCGUCUGAAGUGUUGGUCAUUUUGAUUGUGUGCAUUGUGAUGGGAGUCUUCGCCAGCAUUCGCACCACUUUUCCCCUUUGGACUUCUCUAAUUGCUUUCCUGCUGUACCCGUUUUCUCUGGCGCUAGUAUAUGUUCUUGAUUACGUGUUUGGUUGGUCUUAA